AUGGCUAUCCAGGAGGCCGUAGGGCAGUCCGGCGAGGUCAGGACCCUCUCCAGACGCAUCUGGCUGGAGGUCCUGGAUAUGGACUGCCUUACCACAUCCGCGGAAGUGGAAGAGGCGGUUCGGCGCGAGAUUGGAGAUGACCUGUGCGGCGAGCUCAAGGUGGCCGUCUUCGCACCGAACGUGAGAGAGCUUCGGAUGGUGGUCGUCGAGCUUGAUGACAAGCCGGCCCGCAAGCUUCUUGAAAAGGGGAAGCUGCACGCUGGUUGGGGCAACCUGAAUGGAUCUAGGGUCGCUGAUGACCUGCUGACGCAGCUCGUCCACGAGCACCGCGCAAGCGUCGCAAUCAUCAGCGAACCCUGCCAAACGAGAGCAGGCUGGCAUGUAGACAGCUCUGGCUCCGCGGCGAUUUGGAUCGUUGAUCCUUCUAUUAGGCUCGCCAACCACGGAGCUGGAUGUUGCUACGUGUGGGUGACGACGGAUAUCCAGAGAUUCAGGGACAAGCUCGAGGCCCUUGAGGACGAUCUGCGCGAUAUCUCCGGCAGACUUGUUGUCGCCGGGGACUUUAACGCGCGGGCCAUAGAGUGGGGCAUGCCGCAACCCAACACCAGAGGUAAACUGGUGUUGGAGAUGGUUGCCCGACUCGGCCUUGCCGUCCUCAACGUCGGUACAACAUCAACGUACCGGCGACCGGGCUUCGGGUAUUCGAUCCCUGAUAUCACGCUGGUGUCGGAGGACCGGGUCCGCAACGCCGUUGGUUGGAAGGUGAUGGAUGACUUCACCGGUAGUGAUCAUCAGUACAUCACCUUCCAGCUCAUCGACGCGACGCGAAUGCAGUCAGCUGCUAGCGCGCGUCGACCAUCUGGUUGGAACGCGGCCAAGAUGGACGGUGAAAAAUUCGUCGCAACCUUGCUCGACGGCGCUCGGCACAUUCCAUCAGUGCCCGAGGACGCCAAUGAUAUCCGCGCGGUGGACGCUCUAGUGGACGCCACCAUGGGGCUUAUCCACCGCGCAUGCGACGCGUCCAUGCCUCGCAAGAGGCCUUGGAAAGGCAGGACGCAGGCGUACUGGUGGAAUGACCAGAUCGCCGAGCUCCGGAGGCUUUGCCAUCGACUGCGUAGGUUGGCGCAACGCUCCGCUGGUCGACCCGAUGCGGCGGAAAAGGCCACGGCUUACAAAGUCGCCAAGAAGGCCUUAGGCAAAGCCAUCCGGACGAGCAAGGAACGCAGCUGGAAGCAGCUCUGCGACGAAGUGGACCAGGAUCCUUGGGGGAGGGGCUACAAGCUCGUGAUGGCCAAGCUCCGCCCACCCACCCAGGUCAUGGACGAGAGGAAGGCGCGAAACGUCGUGGAUGCCCUUUUUCCGACCCAUCCAGUCACUGUCGGGCCUCGACUGACCGAUGCGGAUAAGGAUAUCCCGCUGUUCCGCACCGAGGAGCUCAUGCUUGCGGAACGUAGCAUGAAGUCCGGUAAGGCCCGAGUCUUCCCAGCCCGGUGGAAGUUGGUACGCCUUACUCUGAUCUCCAAGGGCAAAGGCAACCCGACUCUCCGUCAUAUUAUCGCCCCCUGUGUGUGUUAG